GUAACAUUGAACCCUACAACUAGUACGUCGCCUUUUCUUUGAUCUUAUCGGUGAAGCUUGCGAGCUCCCGUCCGUUAACUUUCUUUUGCACCAAUAAUUGAGCGUGCAACUUUCAUAGCUGAAAUCCAAGAAUCCACGACUCACCAACUCACCAACUCACAAACAACAACACAUUUUAGUGUUCUCCAGAUCUCCAGAUUUUUAAGGAAUUUUCAUUAUACAUCAACCAUGAAUUAAAAGUCUUCACUGAAUAUACCCAAAGGUGCUAUUUGGGGGAGAAGUGAUAGACACAAUCGCCACAAUCGCCAUGAACCGUCACACUACACCACCUUUUAUGCUGCGGCUGUUCUAUCGAACUGGCGCGUUUCACAGACCCGAUGAAUUCACCACAGAACGUCUCCCGCCACACAUAGGUAUACAUGCUUGGAACGAUAGCACCUUAACCGAGCUCACCUACAUCAUUGCUGCCGCAAAGCCCAACCUGAUCCCCAACCCGGCAGUUGGCACCCGUGUAGCCUUCCGUCUCAUCUUCCCAGACACACGUACCAAUGCCGCAGGCCAGACCACUGCACGAUACUCGGUGAAGGACCUGGGCAGCGUGGUGAUUGGUGAUGGGUAUCGAGGACUCGACCCCGAAGAUAUAGAUGAGGAGAAGAAGCUUGAUACCGAGGGCGACAAAACCCUGCUGGAAGCCAGGUUCGUCGUUGGUGACUUCAUCUCCUGCGCCAUCCUACCUCCCCUUGCCGACGGCUCAGUUGCGCCGACCUCGAGUGCGAGAUCAGGUCUUGGUGGCACUUCCAGCGAGUCUAGAGCUAUGGUAGGACGUCCACCCGGCAACAUGUUCGGGGCGAGGGAGCGAGAGAAUGGGAAUCCCCGAUCUGCGAGGGAUAGAAAUAGCGGAAGAGGGUACGAUAGAUUCGGAAAUCGGAGCGUUAUACCAUCGGGAGAGUGGCGGAGGGGUGAACGUUUACCCGAACCCCCAGCUGCUGGGCGAGGUAGAAGAGAAGGACGAUAUUGAAAUAAUGGCCGUGGUAAAAUUGAAAAGUGCCCCCCCACUUCCACUGCCUCUCCCUUUUCAAUAGGUGGUCAGGAUCAGGAGGGAUGAGACCAACUGGGCUCGAUGGUAAACCAAAAUCGAAAAACAAAAAAAGAAGAAAUUGGUUGUACAUGUUGCUCUAUACCUAUGGAUCUGUGGCAAAGUGAGUAAGCUACCUUCUACUUCUAUCACAUCUAGUAGGCUGUAGUCUUACCCCCUGACCUACCAACUACCAACUGCCCAAGUAUCCUUUCGGGAAGGUUGGGGUUUACUAACUAGUCAUCAGGCAGAGUUGUCUCAUCCCAGACAGACGACUCAAUGUGUAGAUGUCAAUUCUCAGUAUUCAGCUUGAAGAUAGAUACCCCCAUAGCAUUGUUCAUGUUCUAGUUUGGCAUUUUUUUUUUCUUCGUUUCUGGCAGUAUUUUAUUGAUGCAUUUUAUGAGUGGUUUACGCAUGGAUGAUUUUGGGGGGGUUGGGAUUUUGGUAUACGAAUGUUUAUGCCAUAUAGCUAUGAUUCAUUAUUUAGUAAAGCAGACGAUUACUCACGAC